CAGUUAAGUGAUGGAAAAAUGGAGCGUAUCUCAGAGUACUUACAUCGACAUCGAUUUCUCAAUUUUCGACAUGUGGCUGGACGGCAGAAGAUACGGGGACAUCAUGAGGUGUAGCAAGGACGGAAUGACGGGACCUAUGAAGGAUCUGUUUCGGGAAGUUGCCGACGAUGUUAUCAGUUCGCAUGUUGGGGAACAACUUAGUUUGUAUUUGUUUCUGAAGAGCUUCCUGGAACAACCAGGAAACUUUCUGGUUCUAGAACAUCAGCUUGCAUCUCCCGACCGGCAGAAGCUCAUAAACAGUUAUUACUGGUUCCAGGAAGACUUUGCGAGAGAGGUGCUUAAUCACAGGCUCUCAUCGAAGUUAAGGAAAGAUGUAGAAGACAUAGCGUUUAAACAUGGUCUUGCAGAACACGCAUGUCUUCGGUACUUUGAUAAUUUUCGCAACGUCUUGAACAAGUUCGAAGACUGCGACACGGUUCCAAUUGUUGACUUCGUAAAGAGUACUUUUGGAAUGAGCGAAGAUUUGUCUAAAAAGUACGCUUCAAUUGUGUUUUUGCAGCACUUCAAGUUGGAUAUCAGUAAGCGCAAGAUGCAGUUCCUGAAUUUCAAUGCACUCUGCGGUUUGUCAUUAGUUGUUAUGAAGUACUGGACUUGUGAUAAUGCGGACGAAGCAUCGGAUUUUCUAGACAGGGAAUUUUUGAAUAGAAUGUACGAGUGCAAAAGUGUCGAUAGCGAUUCGGUUUCUUCUCUGGCUGAACUAUUGUUGACCAAAUUGAAUGCAACACCUGGAACCGCUGAUCUUGGCAGCAGCGAUCGAAAAGAAACAGUCCGCAGCCUUGUAAAAGAAGUUUUUUCUUUGGCCGCUCAUCUGAAAGAUAUCAAGGAGAUAUUUGUCAAUAUGGUGAAAGUGACUGAGUCAAUGUCGAGUCUUUCCAAACCAACAGUUUCUGCAAUCAUGUCUCAUUUCGCAGCUGAAUCUCAAAAUCAGGGAUGGAAAGACUUAAGUCGCAUCACCAGAGAUGAUUGGCAGAAGUUUUUCAGAGUAACCCAGAGCUGCUGUGAGAUUAUCCAUGCGCAAUUAACGUCAUAAAAACACAGCAGAGCUGAAAGAGCUUUUAUUUUACAAAAGUUUAUGAUUUCUACUUGAUUAAUUUGUGAAGAGUUUAGUUAUAGCAGCUAGUAUUUCGCAUGGAAUUUCGAAUUGAACUUUUUUUAUUAAAAAAACAG